CUUAUAUCAUGGAGGAUGGUUAUACAUGGUUGCAUUGAUGGAUUUAGUCGAGCCGUUAUUUACUUAAAAUGUUGCACUGAUAAUAGAGCAUCAACAGUUUUGAAUUUAUUUAAGCAAGGUGUUGAAGAUUUUGGAUUGCCAUCGAGAGUGAGAGGAGACCAUGGUGUUGAAAAUUUUGAGGUGGCAAAAUAUAUGAUUUCAAGCAAAGGGAUGGACAGAGGAAGCUAUAUAGCUGGUCGAAGUGUUCAUAACCAGCGGAUAGAAAGACUAUGGGCUGAGGUCAACAGAGUUCUAUCUGCACUUUACAAAGGAAUCUUCAAACAUUUGGAAGAGAAUUCAUUACUUGAUUCAUUGAAUGAGGUGCAUCUAUUCUGUUUACAGUUCGUUUAUCUACCUCGAAUUAAUGCUUCAUUGGCUGAAUUUGUUACCCAAUGGAAUUACCAUGGGCUCAGAACAUGCUCUCACCAAACACCUAUGGCUAUGUGGCAAACGAACAUGCUGUUGGAGUCAGACGAAUCAUCAUUAAUAAAUUUUGAAUUGUAUGGAAUAGAUUUUGAAGGCCCAUUGCCAGACAUUAUCACAUCAAACAACAUUGUUGUUCCAAACUCUGAUGUGGAACUAACCGAUGAGCAGUUUCAGAUUUUGAAUGACCAAGUUAAUCCAAUGUCAAAUGAUGGCGAUAAUGGAAUCAACCAUUACUUGCAAGCUCUACAUAUUAUCGAGGACUUUCAAUUAAGGACAGUAGUCAAUGAUAAUGCAGAUGAUGAAUACAACAGAUAUGUAUGAAUACAUCAUGGUUAACCAUUUGUUAAAAAUGCCUGUAAAUAAUAAUCCAAAUUCAACAAAACAAUUUAAAAUGUAAAUAGUAACACUCAAUAGAAAUGUUUGAGAAAAACUUAUGCAAUAUGAAA